UUAACUAUUAAGUGUUAAUUGAAUUUUCUACAAAAGAAAAUUUAUUCAUCCCGCCAAAGUUCCUCAUCUCCGGCUCACCUAGAAACAUCUUCUCAACUUUUGACUGAAAUCUGAGAUCUCCCCUUUGUUAUCGGAAUUUUGCAUGCCUAAUUCGGCGCAGAUAUGGGGAUGGAGAAUCAAGGUCAGUUAUUAGGUAGGACUUCUACUUUGCCAACUUUUCCUUCAAUUGCAGUUAAUUAUCAGAGGAGGAGAAGAAAACUACCAUUGAAUAAGACUAAGUCCACCCCUCCACUCAUCAAUCGUCGAGGAUCCCUUAGCCGUGAAAUUGGACACGCUGCUGCUGAGACCUAUUUGAUUACUCGCUUAACUUUCAAGCUUCUUAGCUAUCUCGGGUUAGGUUAUCGAUGGAUUACAAGAUUUUUGGGUCUUGCCUUAUAUGCAAUGCUACUUAUGCCUGGUUUUCUCCAAGUUGCAUAUUAUUAUUUCUUUUCACCACUGGUCCGCCGAAGUGUUGUCUAUGGUGAUCAGCCAAGGAAUAGGUUGGACUUGUAUCUACCAGCAAAAAUAGACAGCCCAAAGCCAGUUGUGGCAUUUGUAACAGGUGGAGCAUGGAUUAUCGGGUACAAGGCUUGGGGUUCUCUGUUAGGAAAGCAAUUAUCAGAACAUGACAUUAUAGUGGCAUGCAUUGAUUACAGGAACUUUCCACAGGGAACAAUAGGCGAUAUGGUGGAAGAUGUGUCUCAGGGAAUCUCAUUUGUUUGCAGCAGCAUCGCUGAUUAUGGUGGUGAUCCAAAUAGGAUUUAUCUCAUGGGUCAGUCUGCUGGUGCACAUAUCUCUUCCUGUGCUCUUGUAAAGCAGGCGGUUAAAGAAUCUAGAGCAGAAACUGUUUCUUGGAGCACCUCCCAGAUAAAAGCUUAUUUUGGUUUAUCAGGCGGGUAUAAUUUGCCCAACUUAGUUGAUCAUUUCAAUAAUAGAGGGUUAUAUCGCUCAGUUUUCUUGAGUGUAAUGGAAGGGGAAGAGUCAUUGAAAAAAUUCUCUCCUGAAAUUAUGGUACAGGAUUGGAGCUCUAAAGCUGCUGUCCAUUUGCUGCCUCACAUUAUCCUAUUUCACGGUUCUUCAGAUAGCUCCAUUCCAUCGGAUUCAAGCAAAGCAUUUGUAGAUACACUUCACAGAGUGGGAGCUCAAGCUGAACUGAUUUUGUAUGACGGAAAAACUCACACAGAUUUAUUCCUUCAAGAUCCUCUAAGAGGUGGUAAAGAUGACCUUUUUGACUAUAUAGUAGCAUAUAUACAUGCUAACGACAAAGAAGCUCUUGCUAAGGAUGCUAUGGCACCUCCAAGAAAACGGCUUGUUCCAGAAAUCUUGAUAAAGUUAGCUCGCAGGAUCAGCCCUUUCUAAGACUGCAGCAGUUGAUGGUCACCAGAAAGCUCCUAAGUCUGCAACAUAUUGUUUUAUCCUCCCAGUUCAUUCUAGGUCCUACAUGAUGGUGAAAAGAAGUUGUUGCUAAUCUUCAAAUAUUGUACCCUGGAAGCUGUCAUAAUGUCUUAAUGUGACAGAGCCAUCUCUCUGUUUUAAAUUAAUUGUGGUGAACUACGAGUCAUUUGAAAUCUAAUCCUAUUGGAUACAAAUGUUCAUUAUCUCGGCAAAGAUGAUGAAGUCAAUAAAAACUAACAGUAGAAGCUUUAUCUGGUCAGGCACAGAUGAAAUCACCAAGAAAAAUCUUUGGUCUGACGGGAGUAGAAUGUGCCUUCCAACAUUUGCUGAAAAUUAACUAACAAGAAAGACAUCAUAUGGAUCAGGUGGAUUCACUCAUAUUACUUAGCAGUUUGAGGAAGUGACAAUCCUGUUGGAUGGUCAAAAGAAUCUUAAAUGUAAGAGGGCUGCUAAAUCAUGUUUUAUUCUCCAGCAAUAGCUGUUCCUAGUAGUUGGGUUUCUGGAUAUCUGAUAGGAUAAGGGAAGGAGGGCAAACCCCUUCCUUAUAAGUAGCUUUCUAUAUCCUUACCCUUAUCCUUAUUUCUAGUUA